CUCCGUACAUUUGGUUCAAAAUGGCUACUCGCCCCUCAAAGCGAUUCAAAUCUUGCAAACUUCGCGUUCGAUCUAUCUCUACGAGUGGCAAAAAAAUCACGAAGAAUAUUGCUCUGAAAGCUUCAAAUCGUAUUUCAAAUGAAUUAAAGUCAACAAAUGUCCCUUCUAGUGCGAUAGAACGACAUAAUUUGUAUGAGUUUGAUGAAGGUGAAGGUUACUGUGAUGAAGAGCAUGCUUAUGCAACAAACUAUCAGAACAGACGGGAAAAGGAAUUUCAAGGCUGGCACACCAUUCGAGAGUCUUUGUUAAACGGAAGAAUUGAAGAAGAAGUUUUUCUUAACGAAGAAAAAUGCUCUGAAUGUGGUGUGAUUGGGGUAGAAUUUCGUUGUAACGAAUGCGCACACGAAAAAUAUUUUGCAAAGGUUGUGCUGACAGCACUCACGAAACAAGCAACUACUUCCAUGUGCUUGAACGGUUUAAGGAUGGGUAUACAUUACCUUACUUUCCCAAUCAUGGUAUUCUUUCAGCAAGGCAUCAGAAAUCUUGCCAUAGUGCUCAAGCAAGAAAUGUCAUUUGCAUUGACCAAUAUGGCCGGCAACAUCAGAAACAAAUUCUGUUUUGUGAGUGUGAAAAAGAUUCAAUAACGUUAAUAAGAUUGAAACUUUGGCCUGGCAGUGCUACUCGUCCCUCUUUAGCUUUUCAUUUUAAGAUGAUGGAGUUGGCUGAAACCUUACUUCUUGAAUGUCAUGU